GAUGGCGCUUACAAUUUUUCUCGAAUAUACGGCGGAAGGGCGAGCGGGGUGCGCAAGGUUUACGCGGAUCAUACGGGAGGAUCGAGGAUCGUCUACGAUGCCGACGAGCCUCGCUCGCGCACGUCUUACCUGUUGAUAAUCCGAGUUACGGGCCCUCGGCGCGACGGAGCGGCGAUUUGGAGCGGCCUCCGCUGUGCGGUGCACCUCUUGGUGAGUCACGUGCGUGUUGGAGCGUCGUCUACCCGCCGCGGCGGCGAGCAUUUUCACACAGGAACCCGUGGAAGCGCGCCUGCCCCCCGUAGGUGGAUGCGAGCACACGCGUCUCGUCCCGCCGCGUCUUCAUGACCAGGAAACGCUGCGCGUUGUCGUCCGCGCUUGCACGUAGCACGCGCCGCCGUUCCCGCGAUGACGCCCGCUCGCACGCGCGGAUUCUAGAAGCCUCGCGAAGAACCGGAACACUUUCCACCGUGCGUACCGCGGACUCGGCGACGGCGGCGGCUUCUACGGCGACGAUGUAACCGCGAUUCACGUGCAUCCGCGGAACCGAGCUCACCCGCCGUGCGGCGCUUGUCUUCCGCGAAGGCGGCGAGAUAGAGGAGGAACCAAUUUCGGCCAAGAGGAUGGCGGUGCGCAUCACUCUGGAGUGUGGACACACGUCGAUGUUACGUAUGCGCACCACUCCCGAGGGGUAUACGCACGACUGGGAGGUGUUCGUGCGCGGGGUGGACAACGCGGACAUUCACAAUUACAUUGAGAAAGUGGUGUUUCUCUUGCAUGAUACCUUUCGAAAUCCUAAGAGAGUAAUCAAGGAGCCGCCGUUCGUGGUGAAGGAGUCCGGCUACGCGGGCUUCAUAAUUCCGAUUGAGAUUUAUCUGAGGAACAAAGAUGAGCCCAAGAAGUUUCAAAUAUCGUACGAUCUGCAUCUGCAGCAGAGCGGCCCGCCUAUUAACAAGACCAUACGUCACGUAGAAGUAUUCCGUAAUCCUUCCGAUGACUUUAGGAAAAAGCUGUUGAAAGGUGGAGCUGUUGUAGUGUCCAGUAGAGACGGUUCAUUGGAGAAAAGUGAUACGAAAACAUCCGCGAUGGUUGGCAAGCCGAAAUUAAAUGGCAGCGAAAACAAGAAACAUCGCAUCGCCGAGCCUAAGACUUCUAAUUCGUUUCACGAUUUAUUUGGCCCUCCCAUAAAGACGGCGCCUGCGAAGAUAUCGCCAGACAGCAAGAAGACGAGUCAGUCCGAUAAGAGUUUGGUUCCUAAACCUUUAGCUGUUACUGAAAAGUCUGACAAAGUGGAUAAGACAGUUAAAUCGAAGGAGAGUCCUCACAAAGAUGGUAGGAAAGACAAAGUGGACGAGAAGAAGGAUAAAAAGGUUAGAGAUAGUUCUAAGGAUCAACUCAGGAGUAAAGAGAAAUCUAAGAGACCCCCUAGUCCCGGAAAUAAAAGUCAUUCGAGUCCUGGAAGCAAAAGACCGGCGUCACCUGUCGCUACAAAGAAGCCGUUAAGCCCAUUGCCGCCUAUUAAACGACCUCCGUCUCCUAAAUCGAAAGAGAAGGAGACGAAGAAAGUCGCCCUAGACAAGGAGAAAGAUAGCAAAGAAAAGGAGAAAGUUAAGAAUAACUCGAGAAGUGAUGUGGAUUCUUCAAAGUCUGAAAAGAAGAAAGACAAGAAGAAACAUAAGGAUGAUAGGGACAAAGAGAGGAAAGAUAAAUAUAAGGAAUCGGAGAAAGCUAAUGUUAAAGAUGUCGCCAAGAUAAUUGAGAAAAAACUCGAGAAAACAGAUAAAGCGGACAAGUCGGACAAGGAGAAGCUUCAAGAGUACAAAUCAAAGGACGGUAGAAAAUCUCCCAAACCCGGGAAAGAAAAUGACAAAGUGAAAGAUGAUAAAGCGAUAAGAGAGAAAUCGGAGAAGAGCGACAAGUCUGAGAAGGUAAAGGACGGCAAAUACGAUAAGGAUCGGCCGAAGCAUAAGCAUAAAAAGAGGGAGAAGAAGGAUAAAAGAGACAGCAAGGACCGAGAGAGGAGAGAGAAGCGCGAUAAAAGCAAGGAUGAGAAUGAAAAGCAGAACAGCACGUCUGCAUUAGCCGAGAAUCCAUUGUCGUCUCUCUUGACGGAGAUCCCGGAAAGAGACAGUAGCGAUUCGGCACCUUCGGUAGACGACGAUUCAUUACCCGAGAGCAAACCCGUACCUAACGUCAAAAAGGAACCAGAGCACGCCGUAAUAUCCACUAUACCAGCAGAAACAGCGAAGCCACUGUCUCCUGGUAUAUCGGUGGAGUUAAAGAAGGAGAAGAGCGAUCGCAGCAGAAGAGACAAAUCCAAAGGGAGCAGAGGCGAGGAGAAAGACAGUCGGAAAAGGAAGAGGAGCAAGGAAGACGACGAAGGUUCAGUGAAACGUGAAAAGAUCAGGGGUCAGUCCACUUCUCCGCCCUUGGAGCCGGUUUCAUCGAGCCAAUCUCCAGUCGCGAUAGAUAUCGAUUCCAUUCAUCAUUCAGAAAAGGAGAUCAAGGAGUUUAAAAAGGAGAAGGACGGCCAUGCUGUCAAUAUAGCCGACAAUAUGUUAAACGAUAAGGAUGCGGAUCCUGAACAAGUAGCCCCGGAUUCUACAAAUAGCACGGACGCGGAGAUCAGCGAGCCGCCGGUAUUUUCCGAGGAUUAUGUGUCACAAUUGAAGGAUUUGCAACACAAGAUAAUGACAUUGCAAGAUAACGACGAGCUGCAAAGAGUCGUACAAGUGAUUGCGGAAACUGGUCAAUACGAAAUCACCAAGAAGACAUUCGACUUUGAUCUGUGCGCAUUGGAUCGUAGGACUGUGCAACGUCUUCAGCAGUUUUUCUCUGCGUCGUGACCAUCUGUAAUAUAAGGCAUGACACGUUAAUUUAUGUAGGCGUACUUGUAAGAUCAUAUAUUAAGUCAUACGAUCUUACGGAAGACUUUUUAAUGGUAAAAAAGCAGUAGUACACGAGACCCCAGAAGAAUUUUUGAGUACAGUUUUUCAGUUUGAUCGCUGCAAUAACUUAUGCAAGUUAGGAAUUCACCAUUUGCGGUAAUUUGCGCAGAUUGAAGACUCUUGUGAUAGUAAGUAUAAUAUAUAAAAUCAAAUAUUUUUUUAGUUCUUUUUCACAAUUCUUGAAAAAGUGUCAACAAUUGCUAGCAUAUUGGUAAAAUUUGCCAAGAAAAUACGAUAACGAAGAUCAAGUAGAAUCUGUAACAUAGUCUGGUGCAGAUUAGUGAUAAAAAUCGAAUAGAAUUUGCUAAACGCAUUUUAAAUAGAUCGAUCAAUCUAAGUAGAUUCGCAGAAAUCGAGCAGAAUCUGUCGCUAAUUUGCCUUUACAUUACGUUCAAUAGAUUCUGCUGGAUUUUUGCCGCUAAUACGCCAAUAUGCUUCUCUCAUCAAGCUUCUCUUUUAUAUAGCGAAUUCGGUUGCUUGCACUAGCGCACACUGAAGGCAUAUUAAGGCUUGUUUACAGUCAAUUCUUAUAUUUAAGGAUCGUCUUAAAUUACUGGGUAAAUAUAUCUUGAGAGAUAUUUUUUGAAUAUGUAUUUAAGACAAAGUUAAAUGUAAAAAAUUGACCACCGAAAAAAAUUUAUGUACUUUUUCAUGGAAAUUACUUGUUCAAAUCCGGAAAAUUGCCUAAUUAUAACUGUAAUUUUUUUUCCAGAUUUCUUAAAGCGAAAAUACAUAUUAAUGGUAAAAU